UGGGUUGGUGGGCGGGCUGGUGCGCUUGAUUCAGGAGGAGGAGCGGCCCGGAGGGUCGGACGUCCUUCGGAAAUGUUGGGAAACUGCCUCUCUGUCUGUCUUUCACAAAACUAAGACAGGUCUGGAGAAGUUAGUGGCCACUCUGUGCAGCCGUUCAUCCUUUCUUUUCUCCUUCAAAUUUAUCUUUUGAAAACAAACGUUUCAAAUCCGCGACAAGUGAGUAAGCGAGAACUUCGACGCCGAGGUGGGCCACCUGAUCCAGGGUGAGGGGUUUAGUUUCCCCCGUAUUCCUGAUGGAGUCGUACAGAGUGACUGGCGUUCCUAACAAUGGACCACAGCGGGUCUUCCCUCAGCCACCCCGCUCCUCCAGGCCCAACAGUAAUGGAGCUGGUACAUACGGGCUCAGUAUCCGCGUCCAGGGUAUAGAUGGACACCCCUAUGUAGUUCUCAACAACCAGGACAAGGGUCCUCAAUCCUAUAUUGACCCUAACAGCAAUGGGUACAUUGAAGCAGAGGGCUCUUUUAUCGAGAACUACCAGGACUAUGAUUUCAGAGGAAGCAAGGAGGCUGGAUCCAGCAGCCCCUUCAUGGAGUACAGGUCUCAGAAGAUGAUGCUUUCCACUGGCACUCAAAAUGGAGUCUCAGAUUCACAAGGCAAGAAGUCAUCCUCCCUUCUGAACUUUCAGAAGCACCCUGAGCUACUGCAGCCCUAUGAUCCAGAGACCAACUCCCUCAACCUUGAUGAUCUCCACAGCCAUCCUUCAAGGCCUCUGCCAGUGCCUGACACUGGGAAGGAACACCAGAGUCUCUCCUCCACAUCUGCUGUACCUGCUCCGUCCCACACCAGGUCAUCAAACAUCGAUCAGAAUAAAGCUCCUUCGCCACAAGAGAAAAGGCAACUUCCAUCCAAGAGCCUGAGUGAGACUGCCCUUCCAAAGCCAAGGUCACAGCCUCAGCCUCAGUCUCUGCCUCUGACCCAGCCUCAGACCAGGCCGCCAUCACAAACAGCUCAGCCACAGUCCAGACCUCAUCUCACCAACCUGAACCCACCUCAGUCCAAGCCAGCCUCCAAAAAUCAGCACCAGUCAGUACUUCCAGCCCAGCCUCAGCCCUCUGCUGUAUCAAGUCCCACGAGUGAGCCGAGCAAGACCUCAUUGAGAUCUCCCAGUUCUAUGAGCAGCGCCAACUCCAGCCUUGAGCGCACCCGCCGUGAGCCUGAUGUCCUUCCUCUGCGCAGGACUGACUCCAGUGGGCCAGUUCUUCAGUCCUCCACCCGCUCCCGUCACUCCUCGUCAUCCUCCACCUCUAAGGCUCUGGUGGAUGAACAGAUGGAGGCUCUGUACGCAGACACCAUCAACCGCCAUGAGAACCGGCGCUACAUCCCUUUCCUCCCCGGUUCAGGCAGAGACAUUGACACGGGCUCCAUUCCUGGCAUCGAUGAGCUCAUUGAGAAGUUUGAUGGCAAAGAUGGCAGCCACCACCACAGGGGCAGGGCGGGGCGCAGGAACAGGAUCAAUCCAGAGGACAGGAAACGCUCCCGGAGUGUGGAUAGUGCUUUUGGCCUGAGAGAUGGCUCUAGCUACAUGGACGAGAAUGGCCGCCAUCGAGGCACAUCAAUGGAGCAUGUCCUACGGCCCUCACAGCUGCGGCUGCAGAAAACCGCUGGCAGUCAGGACUCCUGGCUCACGACUGUAGAUGGUAAGGUCGACUCCAGGUUGUCAUCUCGUGCCACCAGUGCACCCGGCUCACCUCAGAGCACCAUCUCUAAAGGUGUCGGCUUCAUCCAGGGAUACAAAAAGCCACAGACUCGCUCCUCUUCAUUACCAUUCAACAGUAAAGAGAGUGAAGACAGUGCCUCUACAGCUGGAAAGACUUUGACCACAUCGAUGUCAAGGUCGCUGUCCAAGCCUCUCUCCACUGCAGACAAAAAGUCCAGUACAGAUGCAGAUGUGCAGGCGACACCUGAUCUCCUGAAGGGUCAGCAGGAGCUUUCACAACAAACACAUGAAGAGACAGCUAAACAAAUUUUGUUCAGUUACCUUAAGGAUGGAUGCAACGACAAUGAUGAAACAACAAAGAGAAAGGUCAACCUUGUCUUUGAGAAGAUACAGACGUUGAAGUCUCGGGCCACUGCAAGUGCACAGGACGACAACAAAUCCCUGGACUUCAGCGCACAGACCAAAGCUCUGCAGGAACAAAAGACCGAACUGGAGAAAGAAAGGGUCGAACUCAAGAGACGACUUGAGGAUCAAACCACGAAGAAUCAGGCUGACAAGAGGACGGCAGCAGGUUUGAAGGGGCUGCAGCAGGAGCUGGAGAGGAGUGCAGAGGAGUGCAAGCGUCUGAAGGAAAAACUGUCCAAAACUGAGGCUGAGCUGCAAAUCACUGUCGAAGAGCUGUUCCAGGUGAAGAUGGAGAGGGAGCAGUACCAGACAGAGAUCAGAGACCUGCAGGACCAGCUGUCAGAGAUGCAUGACGAGCUUGACUCAGCCAAGAAGUCAGCUGCUGAUGGAGAGAAAGACAUCAUUAUAGCUGACAUGAUGCAGCUGAAGGUUGAGAUGCAGGAAGUUCUCCUGGCCAAGGAGGAGCAGGAGGAAUUGCUGAGGAGGCGAGAGAGGGAGCUGACUGCGUUGAAAGGAGCCCUGAAGGAGGAAGUGGCCGCUCAUGAUCAGGAGGUAGACAAGAUGAGGGAGCAGUAUGAGAAGGAAAUAAGCAGACUGCAGUCGUCUUUGGAGGAGUCCAAGCAGAGCAGCGCAGCAGUGGUCCGUGAGAAGGCUGAAGUGGAGGCAGCCAAGGGUGCAGUGGAGGGCCAAGCAGGACGGCUGAACCAAGAGGCCGAUCGGCUGCGCAGGCGAGCGCAGGAGCUGGAGAACGAGGUGGCCAAACUCAACCGCAUCAUUGAUGAGGCCAAGCUGCAGGAGAGCAGACUGGGGGACAGAGUUGGCAGACUGGAGAGAGAUAAAAAGCAAUCGGAUGAGUCACUGGCGGAAAUUAAGGAGCAGGAAGAGGAGAUGUCACGUGCCAACAGAGCACUGACCAUACGGCUGGAGGAUGUGCAAAGGAACCUGACAAAACUGAGCAGUGAACACAAGGAGCUGGAGGAGCGAUUACAAGAAGAGAGGACUCAGAAGGAGCAGUUCAAGAACAUGAAGAAUGACAUAGAGGAUGAGAGGAGGCUGCUGGACCGUACGGUGGACAAACUUCAGAAGGAGAUGAAUGACAUUGUGGAGGCAUCCCAGUCGUCCACUCGGGAGCUGCAAGAGCAGAUUGAUAUUUAUAAAGAGAAAAACCGUCGAGAGCUGACUGAGCUGCAGAGGCUUCUGAAGGAGCGAGGACAGGAGCUGGACAAGUACCUGUUGGCUGCCAAAACCCUGCAGGAAGAGUUGUCAUGUCGGGAGGAAGACCUGCGUCAGUGUCAGAGAGAACGAGACGAGGCUGAGCUCCGGGAGAAGACGCUGGAGAAAAAGCUUCACGAUCUGGAGGUGGAGGCUGAGACAAGCGCCCACACUAAAGACGAAAAGACCCGCCACAUCAAGCUCUUGGAGGAGAGGAUUUCUCAACUGGAGUUGGACCUGGAUGAAGAGCAUCAGAGUGGAGACCAGCUGAUCGACAGGAUAGACCGAGGAAGAGUGCAGGUGGAGCAGAUGAGGAAUGAACUCCUGCAGGAGAGGGCUAGCAGACAGGACCUGGAGUGUGACAAGAUGGCUCUGGAGAGACAGAAUAAAGACCUGAAGAGUCGAGUGGCUCACUUGGAGGGCUCCCAGAAGUCCAACAAAGAAGGUCUGGUAGUACAGCUGGAGGAUCGCAUACAGGAGCUGGAGGAGAGACUGGAGGGGGAGGAAAGGGAGCGUGCCAACAUGCAGCUGGUGAACCGCCGACUAGAGAGGAAAGUUAAAGAGAUGAUGAUGCAAGUUGAAGAGGAGCAUAACUCAAUGCAAGAUCAAAAGGACCAGCUGAAUCUGCGUCUGAAGGCCCUGAAGAGGCAGAUGGACGAGGCUGAGGAAGAGAUCGACCGACUGGAGCACGGCAAGAAGAAGCUGCAGAGAGACCUGGACGAGCAACAGGAGGCCAACGAGCAGCUCCAGAGCCAACUCAAAGCUCUUCGGAGCGAGAUCAGGCGUAAGAGCUCCUCUGCUCCGCUACUCAACACUCUGGACGAUGACGACGACGACGACGACAUCAGCACCGAUGGGGAGACGUACUUCAGCUCAUCAUCAGGGUACAAGCGUUCCUCGAGUCAGGACAACAUCUUGUCCACCUACACUUUGUAAUCAAGCACUUAGGUGGAGAACGAAGCUGCUUUACUGUAUAUGUGUCGCUGUUGGACCAAACGGAUGGAGUCAAACUGUAGCUAUUAAACUAAAACAUCUGCAUCAUCUCACUUCACCUUUCCAGCAAAGUGAGACCAUGUGGAAUAUUAUAUACAACAUAAGGUCACUUAAUUCUCCUGGAUAUAUUAAAAUAUGGGUACAGUCAUGAUGUCCAUAAAUUCACUCAGUAUUAUUUGAUAAGCUCUGAGGUUCAUGGAUGAACUCAUAAAAGUUUUGACAUGUUUUCCCAUCCAGUAGAAUUUAAAUGUACAUACUGUUUAAUUUGGUAAUUUUACAUUCCUACAUGAACUCUCACUCGUCUGAGACUCAGUGGAUUUUCCUUUGGGUAAAAAAUGGAAAUUACAUGCUUUUCAAUGAUCCUUCUCGAAUUAGUAAACUUGAAAAUGCUCUCUUUAAUGCACUGUAAUACAACAAAAUCAAUACUGCCUUUGUGAACAAUAUGAAGUUAAUAACACUUUCUUAUUUUAUGCCUAUCAAAUAUGUUAAAUUUACAUACAGUAUCUAAAUAUACAUUUUUUGUAUCUCUUUCGUUUAAAUAAAAUAUAUUUACCUCUUUUAAUGAAUGAAGAUCAAAUCCAAAAAUAUGAAAUGAGGAUCAGGAUUUUUUUUUUUAUUUAUUCAUGGUUGAAUAUAUGAAGUCCUGGUUCAGAGAGUUUUUGAGGGAACAAUAAAUGAGGGACUUUGUAUCCAUCCAUUUUUAUACAGUUUUAUAUAAGUCAUGACAUGCAUUCAGAUAUAUCAACACGUUAUUUUUGAUUUACCACAGGUUACUCCUGAUGUUAGUGACAUCACAGUAUUGCUUAUACAUCUACUGGAAAAGGCGGCUAUAUGAGACCAUGUGGCAACGCCCAAAUUAAUUUUGUGUGUGAUAACUGAUUCUGAAUUUGCCUUUAAACAGUUACAACACUGAACAAAGCUGCAAAUAUCAAAACCAAGAUAUUUUUUUACCGAAACACUUUGAUGUUACUUUCUCUGGUGGUGUCUGCCCUGAAUGGGGCCAGUAUUCAUACGUAACAUGGUGUAAGUCUUAACCUUGUGUGUGUGUGUGUUUGAAUUGUGCCACUGUGUACAUAUGGCCUUACAGGUCCGUUUAAAGAACGUACAGUAUGUGGUACUCCUCAACAUUUUUGAGGGAACGAGGGGAAUUUCUUCAGGCGAGAUAAACUGACAAUCGAUGUUUUGCUCCAUUGUGAUGAUUUGCACUCUGCUUUCACUUCUGACGUCACGCCUGACGCCUGCGGAGGGGAAGAGUGGAUUUAUAACAAAUUCCUGCCACUACCUCUCUGCACAUAUUUGUUCAUAAAUGUUCAUAAAUCCUGCUGAGACUAAAAUAAAGUUACUUCCAGCUACUCUCA